CAGUCAAAUCCCUCGUUGACUGGGCCUCUCUCUCUCUCUCUCUCUAUAUUCAAUUCCCACCCAUUUCUUCUAUAAAACCAACCCCUGCCUUCUCACUUCUCCAUUGCGUCCCUACGGGCCAACCUCGUUUUUAUGCCUCUCCGGCUAGCCAAACAACAACACAGUUUCUUGAGCUCUGGAUUUUCGAUUUUCCUUAAAUUUGAAAAAAAAUGGCUCCGAGGGAUAAGACGGCCGCCGCAGCCACAAAAGCUAACGGAAACGUUAAGGAGGUGCAUUUUAGAGGGGUGAGAAAGAGGCCUUGGGGCAGAUAUGCCGCCGAGAUCAGAGACCCUGGCAAGAAAAGCCGCGUCUGGCUCGGUACCUUCGAUACCGCUGAGGAAGCCGCUCGAGCCUACGACGCCGCCGCCCGAGAGUUUCGUGGCGCUAAGGCAAAGACGAACUAUCCACUUCCUUCCGAGAAUGCCAACAACAAGAACAACAAAAUCGAUGCUAGUAUCGUCAACAGUAAGAAUAAUAAUCAGAGCCCCAGCCAGAGUAGUACGGUGGAGUCCUCAAGCCGUGAGUCGGCUGUCAUGGUUGAUUCUUCGCCGUUGGAUCUCAAUCUUGGCCGCGGACUUGGUGGUGGAUUUGCGUCCGGCGUGAGAUUCCCAUUCCCUCACGUGCCGGCUGUCGGAGCCGUUUUCAGUAUGCCGUCGGCUAACCACCUUCUGUAUUUUGAUGCGGUUGUUCGCGCAGGGAUGAUGAAGAGUCAUCAGUAUAAGGAGCUGAGAUUUGAUCACCACGCGUCCUGUGACUUGCACGCCGCUGCCUUCGCCGGUGGGGUCCAAAGUGAUUCGGACUCGUCCUCCGUCAUUGAUCUGAACCAUGACGAUUUGCCUCGCCGAGUUCUCGAUCUGGACCUUAAUUUCCCGCCACCAGAAAUGGCUUAAAACUAUUUAUUUAUUUUUUUUCAGACGAUAAAACCAUCGCUGCAGGUUAUUAGAUUCCAUAGUUUUAGUUUUUCAUUUCGCUUAUAAACUAGAACCAAAAUCCAAAAAAAUGAAAUAAAAUUGAUAGCUGAAAAUGUGAGGAACA